CCUCCCCAGGGUCAGGGUUCGGGCCAUACCCCGCCACGUGCCGAGCCACGCCGUCUGUCCGAACCUCCGGGAUCGGGAGGCCGAACUGACCCGGCAUGGUCAGGGGCUGACACGCUGCUACUGCUGCUAUGGAGACACUCAUACUCGGUAUCUGCUUGAGUAAUACCAUUUACAAAGUUAUUACGAACGGGUUUUGCCCGUGACGAUGUCUGGUUCUUGGAGGUUGCUCCCUCGCGCGUGAAGGUUCAGGCCGGCCGGAUGAAGACGCGAGGCGAUGGUGUUUGCGCGUCGCUCUGAGACUCCCGUGAUCGUAACAAAGCAUUCACCCCCCCCGCCGAGUCGAGUUGACUCAGGGAACAAAGCGCGUGACGAUGAGAGACGUCAUGAUGUUAAGCGGUGCCUGACAUCGCUUUCCACGUGCGUGUGUGUUUACUCACACAUUAGCCCAUCGUAACAGGAUUAUAGUGCAGGCCUGCAAUAUUAUGUUAUGAUGGGUGCUGUGUGUGUUGAACUUCUUUCGCACCGUACGUAGCCAACCAUGCUAAUCGUCGGUGAUGGGAAAGGACAACAAAUUGAACACAAAAAUGAGUUGUAAAGAAUUUAGUUAUAAAUCUAGAUGAUUUAAAAGUGCAUAGCUUCAGUGGCUUCUUAAUACCGGAAGGGAGAGCGUUCCAGACGGCCGCAGAAGCUCGUCUGAAAGCGCAUCCUUGCAGUGAGCGUGUUUGUUGGGUAAUGCUGUGAUGAUGGCUUCUUCUCAUCUACAGAUUUGAUUCUUGUUGGCAUUGGCCAAGAUAGAGGGCCCCCACAGUGUGGAUGUGGGGACUUAACUCCCACACCCACGAUGAGCCCCAUCGACUCGCCUCCACACGCUCCGUGUCAUCAUCAUCAUCAUCAACAGCCCGUGCCAGUAUCAAAAACAUCAAUACAAUCAUCGUCAUCAUCGACACAUCAAUCCAUCACCAUCACCAGCAUGCCAAUACAGGAUCAUAAUCAGCAUACUCCGUGAUCGUCAACAUCAUCUUCAUCAUCAUCACAAACAACACCCGAUAUAUUAUCGUUAUCACCCCAGUACACCACCUUCAUCUCCCCAGUCCAUCAUCAUCAACAACAACACCAGUACCCAACUCAUCAUCACAGUUCACCACCACAUCAUAAUCACCAUCACCCCAGUCCACCAUCAUCAUCAUCACAGCACACAAUAUGACAUCAUCAUACCAAUCGUCACUGUCAUCACACUCGCGGAUGACUGCACGCCAGCACACGCAGCGCUUAUCUUGUAGCCGCACGAUCAGGUCGCAUGGCCCACGCUGUUUGAUGCAACUCGGCAUAUUUGCCCACGAUAACAACACGGAGACUUCAAAGUUACGGCUAGGAAAUCCAUGACAAUGGAAUGGUAGCUGAGUGCACAAAUAAGACCCCUACAAAGUAAUAACCCCCUUUGCAGAUUACUUCCCCUACCCCGAGCACACAAAGCAGAGGGAGGGGGGGUGGGGGCUUCCUUGGGGGGUCUGUGCCCCACCGAUUCUCUCCCUCCGCCUUUCUCCGACCUCCCACUCGAGCCGCUGUUACCUGGUGUCGCCUGGUGUCGCCAGGUAACCACGCGCGCGCGUGCGUGAGUCACGCGCAGCGGGGGGUCGGAGCCGCAGGUAAGGCGACGGCGGCGAGUCGAGGUGUUUGGACUCGGAGCGUGAGAGGAGCGCGCAGAGACGGAGAGGACGCGGAGAGAACGCGGAGGGCAGCAGCUCGGGGCGAGUGACUCGCGCGGGUCGGGCCGCUUCGGAUUCGACUCCGCGUCUCGGCGCGAGGAGGAGGAAGAGGAGGAGGAGGUACCCCCAAGAUCCAGAACCCCCUUUCCUCCGAGGACCCCCUAAUAACGGACAGGGACCCCUCCUCACUCCGUGACCAUCGCGGCCACUCCGAUGCGCGUUCCCGCGCUAGCGGGGUGAGCGACCCGCGGCGUCGGCUAUUAUGUUCCUGGCCGGCCCUGCUCCGAUUCUCACACCACCUCCCGUCCAGGGGCACAACUUUCUCAGCCGUCCUCUGUUCUUCCCGGGCGCCGCGUGGUCGGACCCCAGCGCCAUGGAGACCUUCCAUCACUUCCACCACGGAGGACGCGGCACCACCACCACCACCUCGCCCUACUCCUCCUACUCGUCCUCCACCCCGCCACAUUACCCCUACCAACACGCCUACCCCUACCUGCACCCCGGCGCCUAUUUCGCCCCGUACGUCAACCCGUACGCGUACCAUCAACACGCGGCAGGCUACUACGCCGGCUAUCCUGGCACGUUCGGGCUCUACUACAACCAGCAGCAGCAGCAGCAGCAUCAUCAGCAGCAGCAUCAUCAUCAGCAACAUCAUCAUCAGCAUCAGCACCAGGCGCAGGACCUGCAGCAUUGGCCCGAGGGCGCGAGGCUGAGCGGGGAGCUGCGCUUCGGGGAGGUGUCGCGGGUCCACGCGGGCAGCGAGCGGCGCCCGCUGCCCGCGCUCGUGCUGGCGGACCUGCGGCGCGUGUACGGCACCUUCCCGCACACCGCCUUCUCCGUGAGCCGCAGCGGCGGCGAGUUCCUGGUGCACGGGGAGCCGCGCGUGGGGCCCCAGGAGUACACCGUGGAGCGACGCGUGCUCAGGCCCAGCCCGAGUCCCAGCGGCAGCAGCAGCGGAGACAGCGACGGGGGCCGGAGGGGGAAGGGGAAGGGCAAGAAGGGGGCCAGGCGCUAGGACGAGGGCGGCGAGGGACGCGGGGGGGGGGGGUGGUGGUGGUGCCGGGGCGAGUCUGUGGCUCCGUCUCGCCCGGCCGUCGUGGGAGGUUCCAUUGCCACCUGCCGGGAAUUUGCUUGUGUGCGCCACGGGUGGCAGGCGGCCUCGGCGUGGUCCUGGCCGCACCACGAGGGCCUCGUGCACCGUGGCGGCCUUCGCAGGUGCUGCCCGCUACCAACACUUGCCCCUCCCUGCCUGUCGAAGGCGAUGCGGGGGGGGGGUGUUCGUCUUUGACUUUGUUUUACAUACGAAUAUGAAAAUACUGUAUACGUUUGGGAAUAAAACGAAAUAAAUGUUUA